AAACAAUCAAACCUGGGUACAAAAUCGCGUUCACGCUACAGGCUCCACGCUAUUUUCCUCCAGCAGUAAGAGCGAAUCGUUUGCUAGUAGCUCACUACUGAAGAAAUUAAUUUGUGAAAAGUUUUUGAAAGGUGCCUUCACCAGGACAAAUUCCCGUGUUUAUCUUCGUGAAAGUUAUUCAACGCGAAAAGAGUGCAUCAGGUCAGCAGGACUCAAUCUCAGUGCAGAUUAGUCCCGUUUGUUGACGCGCAACGAUACGGAAGCAGAAAAGCAACCCGCGGACAGUUUGUGUCGUCACCAAGCUACCGAGGAAAAAAACGUCUCUUUGUUUUGGGGGUUCCCUCCCACAUUAUUUCGGUCGAAUCGUGACGUCUUUUUCGCGAAGUGAACAAAAAGUGUUGCUUAUUUUCUACGCGUUUUAUUUAUCUGGUGGAUUUAUUUGGAUUCGUUUGGAAACGUGAAAGGAAGCGAAAAAUUCCCAUUUUGCAUGAUCAUCCUCUGCGGUUGUGUGCUGCCCCCAUUUAGUGCGAUAUUGGAAGCGGAAGAAAGGAAGCAGCUGGUGUGCGUAACGACUCUACUGUGAACCCUAACACCGGGAAAGAGCACAACCCCCCCGUGGCGACCAAUCGACCGAGUGAAAUCCGCGAAACCAAACCGUGGUGCUGCAACAAAAGCUCGCGCGAAAUAAAUAUGUGUCGCUAAAUCGUCGUGUGAAUUGCUUGCCUCAGACUCAAAGCGUUAAUCAACUCGCCGUUGUGUAAAAUAAUUUGUGUUCGGGUAUUGUUGGGCCCAGACAGCGUAGUAGUUCCAGGAAGAUCGCAGGAAUCCAGAAUUUGGAUUGGACUCCGUGAGGCAUGAACAUCUCGACGGCCUUCAUGGACGAGACGUUCGUCUACCUGUACCGGGAGGUGAUGGAAAACUACGUGCCGGAGUAUUUCAAAUCGAUGGAGUACACCCCGUGGAUUUUCUCGCUGCUCGGAUCGGCCCUGAUCGGCCUGAGUGGGAUCCUACCGCUGGCGGUGAUCCCCGUGGGCACCGGAGGAGGCGAUAAGGAGUUUAAGGAUCCCGCCGAAUCGAAGACACUCAAAGUGCUGCUGAGUUUUGCCGUCGGUGGUCUGCUGGGAGAUGUUUUUCUGCAUUUACUGCCCGAAGCGUGGGGCAGUGAUGUGUCGUCUGGUGGAGUUGAUGGCCAUCCCUCGAUGCGAAGUGGCCUUUGGGUGCUGGGCGGAGUGCUUAUUUUUACCAUCGUGGAGAAGAUCUUCUCCGGGUACACGAAUGCCGACGAGAACAAUCCGCAGCCCAAGUGUGUCGAGAUUGCCACCUGCCUGCUGAGGAAGAGCGGAGGCAAGCUACCGGAGGGAUUUGUGGGAACUUGCGGUCAGUCUGGCGGGGCCUGUGAUAUCGAAGACGUGCCAAAUGGGUGCUUCCUGGCAGGGAAAUCGACGGAGGAGAAAAAGGAACCCGCCAAGAAGGUGGCUGGCUAUCUGAAUCUGCUGGCCAAUUCAAUCGACAAUUUUACCCACGGGCUGGCGGUGGCGGGAUCGUUUUUGGUGUCCUUCCGGCAUGGAGUGCUGGCCACGUUUGCCAUUCUUUUGCACGAAAUCCCUCACGAAGUGGGUGACUUCGCCAUCCUGCUGCGGUCCGGCUUCAGCCGGUGGGACGCAGCCAAGGCACAGCUGCUGACGGCCGGAGCUGGUCUCGUUGGGGCGUUGGUGGCCAUUGGAGGUAGUGGCGCAACCACGGCCAUGGAAGCUCGAACCUCGUGGAUCAUGCCAUUUACGGCGGGAGGAUUCCUGCACAUCGCACUGGUCACGGUGCUACCGGAUCUGCUGAGCGAAGACGAACCCCGCGAAUCUAUUAAGCAGUUUGCCGCUCUGCUGCUGGGAAUUGGACUGAUGGGGGUCAUGACUGUGUACUUGGAACACUAGAAGGCAAAGGCAAUCUCCCCCUGUCACGUGAUUAGGAAGUUGAGUUCAUACGAGAAGGAAUCAUACCAGGAACAGAGAGUAUCGUUUUUGGUAGGAAUCCUUCGUCUCAUGUUAGUCCCACCUGUUAUGUUUUGUUUCUGUUGAGUGCUAUUAACGAUUUCCUGGUCUUCUGCUGUCCGGGAAUCUCCUAGUCCCAAGGACUCUGGCACGAUCCUCGCCCCCGCCCAUAGGCGCUUGUGGCUGUGGGAUCAAUGUUUGGUGCUGCAAUAGCCGAUAACAGAGUACGUAUAGUGAUGCCAUAUAUAACGAUAUACGACUCCUCAACGCGAACGCAAGAGCCUGAGGAUGAAACGCAAAUCAUCAAAAAUUCAUAGGUUUAACAAAUUAUAAAUAGAAACACACAAAUUAGUCGUACUGAACAAAUAAAAUCCCUAUCGUGUAUUGUCGUAACUCUAUAAUAGUGCGUUGUGUUACGUUUCGGCGGAACCGGAAUGUGGAAACGAUACGAGAUAGCGUUUAGCUCAUGAGGUCCUCCUUCAACACUUCGCUCUAGUUUCAUUUUAACUCCUCUUUAAUUGAUGCAAUCCCAAAAAUCAGAAUAAACAUCGCAAAGAAGGUCGUUUUUCUCUUAGAGUAGAAACUGUUUUGUAUAUAGUAAAUUCGCAAUCGAUUGGUACGAAGCUAGAAACGGAAUCGAACUGACGAAUUCAAAAUAGCGAUGGUAGGUAACUGUGAAAGACGGUACACGAUUCGACUGUAGAUAGUGAUUCGUCGUUUUGUUUUUCGAUAAGGAAGAAUGUGAUAUAUUGUAUGAUAUCUAGGAAACAAAGUUGGAGAAAAAUAAACUAUGAUAUUCUACUACCUACAGCAAUUAAAA